UAUGCUACAAGUGAUUAGCAGCUGGUGCAUAUUUCAGCAAGCAAGAGCCAAAGGGUUGGCAAUGCCGGGUUGCCAAGAAAAAUGCGGUAACUUGACAAUUUCUUACCCAUUUGGCAUCGGAAAGCCUGGGUGCUAUCUAGAUGAACCAUUUCGAGUGAACUGCAACAGUUCUACCCAAAUUGCAACCCUGCCAUAUUUUAUAAAUGUGACCAUUUAUAACAUCUCAUCCGACAGUAUAACUGUCAUGGCCUAUGGGUCGCCGGUGGUCUACAACAUGUCCUCUGGAAAAAACCUGGAAAAAGGUGAUGUUGAUACCAUUGGCUACGAAUUGUUACAGCCUCAUUUCAGUAUCUCUCACACCAAGAAUAAGUUCGUGGCAAUAGGGUGACGGGUGUGAUAUAUUUUCAUUCUUGAAGGAUUUCAGAACCGGAAGGAUCAUAACUGGGUGUGCAUCAUUUUGUGUAAAUAAAGGCAGGAUAGAAAGCCAACCCAAUUUCUCAUCAUGUUCUGGCUAUGGUUGCUGUCAAACACCCAUUGAAACAAAGCUUGGCGAUUACUUUGUGUCUGGAGCGCACACCAUGAACACAGAUAACUCUACUUGGUCUAGAAAUCAGUGUAACUAUGUUAUGAUUGUUGAGAAGAGUUUCGACAAGUUCGAUGAAAUUAAAUGCAGUCCAGACUUUACUAUUCCGUCUGCAAUUGACUGGUCAAUUGGAAAUCUGAGUUGCGCCAAAGUAAAGAAGACAAUAUGUGGCCACAAUUCUUACUGUGCCAACUCAACUCGUGGUGAAGGAUAUCUGUGUCGCUGCUCUCAUGGCUACCAGGGGAACCCAUACUUGCCUAGUGGAUGCCAAGAUAUUGAUGAGUGUGAAAGCCAAAAGGAGAAUAUGUGCCCAAAGAACGCAGAUUGUGUUAAUAUUCCAGGCAGCUAUUAUUGCACUUGUCGACAAGGCUACCGCAGUGAUUUAAGUAAAUCCAGUCCAUACGGAUACACUUGCAUACUUGACUACGAAAGGCAUAUGUUGGUCACGCUAAUUUUUGUAGGUGUUGGAGUGGGCAUAAGUAUUUUAAUACUUGUAGUCACUGGAUUCUGGCUUAUUCGCAAGUUCAAAAAGAGGAAACUUGAGAAAACGAAAGAAAGAUUCUUCAAGAGGAAUGGAGGCUUCUUAUUGCAAAAGCAAGUGUCUACUAGUAACAGAGGAAGUGUAUUAGAAAUAAAAAUUUUCAAGACCGAAGAACUGGAGAAAGCAACAGACAAUUUCAAUCAAAGUCGUAUUCUUGGGAAAGGUGGACUUGGUACAGUAUACAAAGGUAUGUUAUCAGAUGGGUGCAUAGUGGCUGUGAAGAAAUCUAACAAGGUAAAUGAAGGUCAAGUUGGCCAGUUCAUCAAUGAGAUCGUCAUACUCUCCCAGAUAAAUCACAGACAUAUUGUGAAAGUCUUAGGUUGUUGUUUGGAAACAGAAGUUCCAUUGGUUGUAUAUGAAUACAUAUCCAAUGGAACCCUUUCACAACAUCUUAAUAACAAUAAUACUAAUAGUAGCACUUCACCACUGUCCUGGGCACAACGUUUAAGGAUUGGUGCAGAAAUAGCCGGAGCCUUAGCCUAUUUGCAUUCGGGCGCUUCUACAGCCAUCUUUCACCGAGACAUCAAGUCGAGCAACAUACUUCUGGAUGAAAACUAUAGGGCGGUGAUUUCAGAUUUUGGACUUUCAAGGUCAGUACCUAUCGAUAGAACCCAUUUAACCACGGUAGUUGGGGGCACCUUUGGGUACUUAGACCCCGAAUACUUUCGCUCGGGCCAGCUAAACGAUAAAAGCGAUGUCUAUGCAUUUGGGGUCGUCCUCGCGGAAUUAUUGACAGGACAAAAGGUCAUAUCUUCCAAUACGUCUGAUCAAGGAUUGGCAUUUCGGUUUAAGACGACUUUGAAGCAAAAAGAUGGGCUAUUUGAAAUGUUAGACCGUGUAGUUGCAAAUGAAGGUGGAGAAGAAGAAAUAUUUGCUGUUGCUAAGCUUGCCAAGAGAUGCAUAAAGCUAAAUGCUAAAAAACGGCCGUGCAUGAUGGAAGUAGCAACUGAACUUCAACGAUUGGCAAGGACUAAUGGAGAAGAUUUACAACGCAGACCAAAGGGUUGUGAGCUUAGCUACUUCUCGUCAGGCGCCAUGUCGUUUGACUACAGCUUGGAUUUAUUUACAGAUGAGACGAUGUAGAGAAAAAUCAUUUAACAACAAUGCUGGU